AUGUCCAACUACUACAAGGUCAGGACUGUGCCAAAGCCUUCGCCGUACGUUGUCUCCGGGUCACUGGCCGGAUCGACUUUCAAGACUCGUGGCAACCGCUCGGAGAUGUACGAUAUUAUCUCCAAUCAGAAGGUGGCAGACGAUGAUCAGUGUUGCCCUUCAACUACGUCCUUUGGACCGGUUAUGACGGGAGACGAAUGGAUGAGAAUGUGCUUCGACAAGACAGAAAAGAAAUGGUGUGAAAAUGAGGGAAAUGUCAUCAACCUUCUAUUUUAUCACGAACUAAUGAUUCCAACAGAUACAGACCAAGCAGAGCCACUUGCCUUGGGAUACGGAAGAAUUAACAAGAUUCGAGUUAACUUCCUUUUUGAUGAACCUGCUGUACGUUUUUAUUACCAUACACAGUGCGAAAGCGCAGUUAUAAAACACCGGCUUCAGAUUGAAUUUGGAUAUUCGUUUGUCGGGUCGAAUCCAAUGGUUGUGCACUAUAUGCAUUUGAAAUCUUAUGAAGAAGUUGGCAUGGAUCCUGGCAAGCUGUAUCUUCACGUCGUUAAAGAUGGAUCCUGUCACGGUCGCCUUCUAUCGGUAAAUGCAAAGAUUAUCCUCUUUAUAGACAUGGUCGACGAGGAUUUCACAAAUGCUCCCGAGGAUUCCCAAUGCCUUGUGGUAUAUCUGGCUGUGAAUGCUACAAAUAUGACUGAAACCAGUGACUUCGAUGAAAUUCGA